CUGUUGGUUGAAAGUGAUAUUUACUGUUAAGUUUCGAGAAGUAAAGUUUUAGCAGAUCCAAAUGAUAACCCGUGUAGUUGCUGUGCUUUGUGUUUGCUUCUUCGCGUGUCUACACGCAGAAUGUUGCAAAAAUCAGCACAUUUGUUUGACGACAUUCAUCAAAAGUGAGGAAACAGAUGAUGGAAUUUGCAGGGGAAUCAACGAGUAUUUGAAGUGUGUGGUCAAUUUAGAAAAUGCCGAGGCCGAUGAAAUAAAAUACAUCUUGGGACGUUUACAACGGGAGCCAGGCUUGUUCACACACAACUGUACUGUUGAUACAGAGCUAACACUGUUUUUAAACUUGCCUCCCGUGUAUUUGUCUAGCGUGCAACCAAUGAAAAUUCCGAACAGUUAUCCAUCCACAACAAAUGUUUGUCUAAACACCUACCUCGACACACUGGGGACCUACUCUAACACUCCGACAUUAAUCUGUCAGUCGUUGUUGACGUUUUUCCACUGUACCCAAUCAACGUUGCUGGCACCGCCAGAAGAAGUGAGGGAAGCCAUGGCCGUGUUUACAGAGGAGUUGUCAAGAUUCCAGCUCAGAUGUGAUUUAAGAAGUGAGCUAAUUAACACAGCAUGUAAAACAACAACAGAUAAAUGUGUUGUCGCUUACUUUGACAACAUUUUGCAAAGCAAGUUCAAGGACGAACCUAUCUGGACUUGUCCGUACCUGCAGUAUUUUACCCAAUGUUUAGCACAAACCACUUGCUCUAUAGACGUAGUUACUGAUCUGAUGAAACUUGUUGGCAAGUUUGAAACUCAUCGAACUGGAUAUGAUUGUGAUACAUUGAAAGCGACAGAAAUUAUAAGCAAGAAACCAGUUAUUAGGCGCCUAGCUGAAAUAAUAUCUGGACCAUACCAAGUUGCCUUGUCGGAAACUGUCAAUAUUCUCGUACAAGAUUAACCAACAAUUGU